GGGGCUGGGAGGGAGCCCUGCUGGCGGUGCCAACACUGAUUACUGUUGAGGGAAUAUCUCCUUGCUAGACGCUUCCUCGCACAACUCUGAGGUUGUGGGUAUUUUUGUUUUCAUCUCUGCUUUGUGGAUAAGAAAAUUGGUACUCAACAAGGGCGUGUGACUCACCCACAAUGUCAGGCGGGGGCAUGGCUGAGGAGACACAGGCCUGGCCUGAGGUGACCUCCUGGCUCUUGCACUCAAACACUGAAAAUUGGGGGGCUUCCAUGGUAUUUUUAAUUACAUGGCAGAACCCAGGAGCUUAGAGCAUUUUUUUUUCCCCAACACAGGGUACCUCCCCAGGCCUCAGUGGCCUGGGGCCAGGGACCUUGCCUGUUAGUGGGAGGGCCCUGAACUCUGGGCUGACCUCUGGGAAGUAGGGUUCAGGCCAGGAAGACACCCCACAUGCCCUACCUCACUGAGGUUAGGAAGGGGGGCCUGCCUUCAUGGGGGCUCUCUGAUAAGAGUGUUAUAUAGAUGCCUCUUUCUAGAGCUCCAGUUUCAAAUAUUUGGAGCCUGGGGAGGGAAGGGAAGUAGGUGAUUUAAAAAAUUCUUAUAUUGAAACAAUCAUCAGAAUAUCUGAAAGCCACACAGAGAUGCAGCCUAUUUUCAAGAUGAAAUAUCUGAGCUCAGGACCCCAGAGGGCUUGUUCACUGUCCCUCUUGAUCACCAUCAUGGGGGCUUCUCAGAGGAUUCAGAACCUGCUCUGGGCUCUGUGGUUCUUCUACGGUCCUGUCAAAGAAGGGUGGAGACUCAGAGAGGGCUGAGUGACCUUGUCCAGGCUGUGUGACCUGGAGGUGGCAGAGCCCAGAUCCUCCCCCAUUGACCACAGGCCCUAGGUACUUGCCACUUUGGUACCCGGACAAGACAGCAGGUGAGGAAACCACAGGCCCCUCCCACAGAGAGGAUACUGGCAGUGGCAGGUCUCAGGCCAGGCUAGAGAGAGGAUGGACAGGAACGAUAGGGACCCCCCUGCACUGGGCAUUUGAGGGUACACAAAUGGGGUGUGAUCUACCCUCCAAAGGGACUAUUUUAGUUGGGGUGUGUUUGGCUCUGAGGAGCAGGAAACUACUGAAUCCUACUCAGAUCAAAGGAUAUUGGCUGAAAAAACCCAGCCCACCAACUCAGGGGCAGUCAGGGGUGGUAGGGAAAUGGAAGUUAGGGCUCAAAUUCUAUCACCUCCACUAUGCUCACUAGUCUCUGUGUCUUUCCCUCAUCAGCUUCUUCUGAGUAUGGCCCCAGCAGUGACUCUGUCACCUUCCAGUUCAAUUCCCCAGCCCCCUCUCCCUUCCUCAGACUAUGUCCCAAAGCCUAGAGAGGGGGUCUGUCCAGCCUAGCCUGCCUAUGGAUUCUGGGCCCGGUGUCUAGCCUGGCAGAAUCUGCUGGACCCUGAGAAGGGGUGUCGGUGAGAGCACAAGCAUGUCUGGUGCAGGGCCCCAUAGUGAGAAUCUGAGAGUCCCUGGGGAUUGAGAACCAGGUUUGUGUCCCACCGGCAUUUAGAUCUGUAGACAGGUCUCUCCAGACAGACCAUUUCCCCUCUCUCACAACCCUGGGAUGGCACCUGGGUUUGCUUAGCAUGUUCAUGCCUGUGAGCUCAUGUCACAGGUGGGGAAACUGAGGCCCUAGCAGUGAAAUGAUUUAUCUAGGGACAUGCAGUGAUGAGAGAGGUCUGUCCCACAGCCUCUGCAGCCCAGUUGCUAGAAAUGGGUUCUUCUCCUGGUGCCCCCCAGAGUCCCUUCCUGAGUCACCUGCUUCCAGGUGGGGCCCCAAAGGGCAGCAGUUGGAUGUGAGGGAUUUGGGAGUCUGGGCAAGAGCAGCCUGCUUUGGGGGGCUUUGGGCUUUUGGAUGGACCCCAAGGACCAUGAAACAGCCCCAUUUUUGCAUAGGGGAAAAUCCUGUGGAGAGUCUUGGGGUCUACAAGUCAAGGCAGGUUAAAAACUGGGGCUCUAGGGAGUGUCUCAGUGGCCUUCCUCUCAGGCCAUGAUCUCAGGGUCCUGGGAUCAAGCCUUGCCUCAAGCUCCCUGCUCAGUGGGUAGUCUGCUUCUCCCUGUCCCUUUGCCUCCUCCCCCUGCUCAUGCUCUCUCUCUGUCUCUCUCUCAAAUAAAGAGAAUCUUAGGGGAAAAACAACAACAACAACAACAACUUGGGGCUCUGGACCCAGAUAGACCUAUUCUGAAUCCCCCACCUGCACUCAGGCUGCACAGUCCCUGCUUUGAGCUGCCCUCAGCCUCUCCCUUGCCCCCCACCACAAUGUGGGCAGCUCUGUCCAUCCCACCAUGCCCAGUCAGGCCUCAUCUUGAAUAAUCUUCUAACCUACCCCUUAUCAGGCAUGGCAGGUAGGAGGUGCUUGGAAGAGCUGUAAACACUGUGUAUCACUCCCUGCUCUGAGAAGGUCAGGGUGUUUAAUAGUUUUUAAAUUACUAUAAUUUUAAUUAAAGGAAACUUCCUGGAAAACUGACAAAAUCUGAAAAAGAAUAUAACCCUUAGGGGGCACUGAUUACUCUUCUUCAGGAAGUGGGUGUGCGGGGAGGUUUCCCCUUGGCUAGCUCAGUUCUCUCCCACAACCCCUCCAGGAGAAAGCCUGUCUAAAUACCCCUUUAUUUCAGUUAUUGACCUGGAUAUCCCUUGUCCUAGAAUUUGGGCCAUUAACCAGCUAUUUGCAGGCUCCAGCAGGCAUCGGAAUUACCAGAGGCAAAUGUAAAAAUUCAGAUUCCUGGGCCCACCAGAGAGCGUUUGAUUCACCAGGUCUCCGGUGAAAAUGAGGGCGGGUGCCGGAGGUACCGGGUUGGGGAGGUGGAGGACAUAGGCUGUGCAAAUCCUUGUCCAGUGAUUAUGAUGGAGCUUGCGGGACACUUGUCGUUCCGCGUCUGACCACGAGGCGGCGCCGCGGACCGAGCUAAGUGGUUCCCUUUGAGGUCUUGUUCCUCCGGACAGGCUGGUGUCUUCAGGACUUGCUGGUCAGACAACAGGCCAAGGGUGAGCCGUGUUCCGGUGGGCAACUUCUGCAGGGAAGGAAGCCUGACGUCAGAAAGGAGGCUCGCAGCUGGCAGUGGACACCAGCCUGCGCCAGGCAUUCCACCUUGGUUUCUGCGCACUUGGACUCCAGAACUCAGAGUCCAGGGUCCAGCCUGGAAUGCGAAUCAGCUUGAUCUGCUCUGGGGUGUGCGGUUUACCCAACCCUGAGCAAAGAGAGCAUCCGUCGUUCAGAUUGGAAAGGAGAGACCCAAACAGGGGCAAGGGCUUAGUGGCAGCUGCUCUGGCUUCCAGCCCUCCCGGGGGCUCUUUGUCCUGCUAGGACUUGGGGCAGAGGGUGGACCCCAGGAAGUUUAGCUGUGAGUCAGUUCUGAGUGCCCAGGAGAUGGGACAGGGGCUGCUGGCCAGGGAUAGAUGCUGGCUGGUACCCCGCUUCCACAAAUGUGGGUGGCCUUGGUGAUUCAGUUUCCCUGUGCCUGCCUAGGAGGGCCGGCCCUGGGCUGGGAGAGGGAGGAAGCGCUGGGAAUAGGGAGGGGCUAUGGAGGGGCCUUAAGGGACCCCGUGGUCCAACUCUUUUGGAUGUUGAGGUCCCACGGAAUAACUGUGGCCAGAGAUCGAGUGGUUCCGAGACUAGUCCUGGGAUGAGGGUCCCUGGGUGGGGGUCCUUGAAGAUGCAGUCCCUUGUGAGGCUGGGGGUUUUAUCGGGCUCCCUCAAAAAGGCACCGCACUGUCCCCGCCCUGCGUUGGUCUCUAUCGGGGGCUUGCCUUGGCGCUGGGUGUGGAGGGUUCUGAUCCCUCGCUGGUAGGGGAGAGGGGGACAAGCAACCUGGCCACUCCAGCUGGGGGACUCUGCUGUCGGAGGGACUACGUCCUAGGAGGGUGGAGGAGGGGCUGUGAGCGGGCGGCUUGGGGGAGGAGCGAGAUAUCGCUCCUGACUCCGGGGGCGGGGCCUCGCCAGGGGCGGUGCUGGGGGCUCAGCUCAACUUUCCGGGUGGGGCGCAGGCGGUGGCAGUGGAGGCGGGGCUUAAGAGCGCGGGGCCUCGCCCGCCGGGCUGGCGGGGCUGAAGCCUGGCCGGAGCUGCAGCGGGAGCCGCAUCGCGGGCCGCGGGGAGCCGGAGCCGCCAGGAGCCGGAGCUGGCGCGCAGGCCCUGCCGGAGCCUAGCCGAGCCGAGCCGAGCGAGCUCGUCUCCUGGCACCGGCCUGAGCGCGGGCCGGUGUGUCAGCUAGCUGCUGGGCCUGGUCGCACUGUCGGAGGAAGCGAGCCGCGACCACCGGGCAGCACCGGGAGCCGGUGACCGGAUCGCCCCUCCCGGGCCGGGGCCCGGCCUGAACAAGCCGUAGGUCGCGGAGUCUAGACCGAAGAGAAAAAGGAACGAGGAUUAUAUUAUCUAAUCGUGGAGUGGGCUUAAAAGCGCGAAGAGUGGGGACUUCACCUGGGAUUGGGCAGAGGUUCCUGCAGCGUACUAGGCGAGCUUGAGCACCGGAGAGCCUGGCAUGCCAGCCGCUCGGCCUGGGUUUGGCCGUGCUGCAGCCAGGAGCACAGCAUAGUACCCAGACCUUAGCUGGCACAGGCCUGGGACAAGAAGCAGUGUCCUCACCUGUCUAAGACUGGGCCCAGGAUCUGAGGAACUGGAUCCGGCCUGGCCCAGAGUGGGACUCUCUGGUGGCCUAUAGCUGGUCACUGGAGAGCUGUUCUCCUGCCCCAUACCCACUGGUACGGAUGUGUCGCAGCCUGCUGGAGCACCAUGAUGGCAGGAUGACCUCAGCGGAGGCAGUGGCAGCAACUAGUGGUGCACGGGUGGCUGGGUCCCCCGAGUGGCCCCCCGACACCCCCCAGGCCCUUGGGCAGCCUGGCCGGGCCCGGGUGGCAGUGGCAGCGCUGGUGUGGCUGCUGGCAGGGGCCAGCAUGUCAAGCCUCAACAAGUGGAUCUUCACUGUGCACGGCUUCGGUCGGCCCCUGCUGCUGUCUGCGCUGCACAUGCUGGCAGCAGCACUAGUGUGCCGCUGGGGGGCACAGCGUCCCAUGCCCCGCCGCACCCGCCGUCAAGUGCUGCUGCUCAGCCUCACCUUUGGUACCUCGAUGGCCUGUGGCAACGUGGGCCUGAGCUCUGUGCCCCUGGACCUGGCACAGCUGGCCACCACCACCACACCGCUGAUCACGCUGGCCCUGUCGGCGCUGCUGCUGGGCCGGCGCCACCACCCGCUGCAAUUUGCCGCCAUGGGCCCCCUCUGCCUGGGGGCCGCCUGCAGCCUGGCUGGUGAGCUCCGGACCCCACCCGCGGGCUGUGGCUUCCUGCUGGCUGCUACCUGCCUCCGGGGCCUCAAGUCCAUCCAGCAGAGUGAGUGCCUGGGCCACCGGCUGAGAAGGUGCCCUGUUACAGGAGGAGAGGCUGGAUGCGGUGACCCUGCUGUAUGCCACCUCGGUGCCCAGCUUCUGCCUGCUGGCGGGUGCGGCCCUGGUGUUGGAGGCCGGUGUGGCCCUGCCACCUGCUCCCACCAGCUCCCACCUCUGGGCCUGCGUCCUGCUCAGCUGUGUGCUGUCUGUGCUCUACAACUUGGCCAGCUUCUCCCUGCUGGCUCUCACCUCCGCCCUCACCGUCCACGUCCUGGGCAACCUCACUGUCGUGGGCAAUCUCGUCCUGUCCCGACUCCUGUUUGGCAGCCGCCUCAGCGCCCUCAGCUACGUGGGCAUUGCACUCACCCUUUCAGGAAUGUUCCUUUACCACAACUGCGAGUUCGUGGCCUCCUGGGCUACCCGCCGGGCCUUCUGGCAGAGGGACCGGACUGGCAAAGGUCUUUGAGACCAAGGGACCAGCUGGGCUCCCUGGGACAGCCCCAGCCUGAAUCCAACCUUGGCCAAUGGCCAUGGGAAAAGCAGAGAGCAGGCAGCCACUGGGGCCUUGGGAGAGAGGUGGUGGGGGAUCCUUCUGGAAGGACCAUCUUGGAGGCUGGAAUGGGGAUUCCCAGAGAGAAACCACCUCCUGUCCCUUGCCUGCCUCUCAUCACGGACCUCACUCACCACUGGAUGGUGGGUCCAGACCUGGCACAGUCACUGUGCUUGAGGGACUGAUUAUCACGAUGAGCACCAACUACUACUCCAAAAAUUGCUGGCCAAACUUUGAAAACCUCACCAUGUUCUGAUGACGAUGAUGAUGAUUCUUGGCGAUUGCACAAUCCUUCCUCCAGGAAGUGGGGGAGGCAGCUAGGGGGCCCAGGGAAGGGCUUCUUUAUUGCUGGGAUCCCCUGGGGAUUGGGGUCAUCAAUGCCAACUCCAGGCAGCUGCUGUAGCCUCACCCCUCGGCCUCCCAAUUUUGGGUCUUCCAUCCUCAAAUAAACUAUUUUUGCUUGUAGAA